AUGCAGAACCUGGCACUAGCAGAAAGCCUCGCUGACCGAGACACGUCCCAGCAGAUGUCUCUAGAAGCCCUCGCAGCUGAAGGAGGUGGUGCGGCUGGCCGUGAGCUUGACUGUCACUUGAGCGAAAGGACAAAUACCGAAGAAAUUCUGGAUCCUGAAGUUAUGCAGCAAAGCUUCCCAGCAGUGAAUAGCAAAGGGGGGAGUUCCGAGGGGUUUUCUGAGAGCAGUUAUAGUUCCUCAGAACCCAGCAGUUCCUGGGGUGAUUUUGAAGGCUUCAGGGAGAGCACAGACCCAUCAGAGAGAUUCAGUCAUAAUCCUGAAGUUUUGGUGAUGUCAACAAAAACUUCCAGAGUUGAUGCGGAUGUAAGCAGCGGACGUGGUGGCACUUCUGCUGGUCACUUCUGUUCUGAGCCAAUGCUGCCCAGGGGGAUAUCGAAGGCUUCGAGCUCCCUAAACGAGGCAAAACACAGCUAUGAGGAUAUAUUUAAGUUGGGCUUUCCAGAAGUCUUUGUUUCACAGUCCAAAGAGAGCAUAAGAAGCUUAGAUCAAGUGCUUGAUACAAAUAAUGAAGAUGUUGGGAUUCCUGAACUUAUGAAGAAUCAACUUUGCAUUGAUUCUGGAAACAUAUGGAGAACUCUUAGAGACUUUGAUAAUGCCCCCAGCCUAAGAUAUCCCUGGAGUAAAUCUCAUUGCCAAGAAAACCUCUUGAGUGUUCUUGGAAUAGAUGCAAAUCAAAAGGACUUUUCUGAGAGCCAGGAUGACAUUUUUGAGGAAUCAAAUGUUAAGAACAAUGAGGACUGCAGAUUGGAUGGAUUCAGUGUUAAUGACUGCAAAGCACUGAUCCAGACCAAGCUUUCUGUAUCACUGGAUUCCAGACAUGGCCCUCUUUUCACCCACAACCUCUUUUUGAAGACUACAUCACCAAAUGAAAGCGUGCAAUAUAUAACGAGCCCAAGGAAGAAGCACAUUUUUGCUACACACAACCUAAAAAUGAAAUUUUUCGGUAGUGGUAUUUGUUGA